CAAAACUCCGUGGGUCGUCCGAUCUGUCCGUCGUCGCCACCACGGAAAGCGCUCGCGCUGCCUUCCUCCGUCGUCCUCCACCUCGCCCUCCCCCGACGUCCUCCACCUCGCCCGCCCCCGACACCCUCCUCCUCCACCGGCGGCGCCCCCCCUCCUCUCCGACUCCUCCUCCGCCGCGAUGCCGGGGCGCUCCCCCUCCUCUCUGACUCCUCCUCCGCGCAGAUCCUCCGCCGCCACCAACCACGCCCCCUCCUCCACUGCGCCGCCAGGGCGCAAGGCGCUGGCGGAUCGAGCUGGCGGAGUCCAUCCGCGUCGACCGCCGCCACCAACCGCGCCCCCCUCCUCCGCGCAGAUCCUCUGCUGCCACCAACCGCCGGCCUCCCCUCCCCUCGCCCUCCACCUCGCCCUCCCCUCUGGUGAAUUACGCAGCUCAUCUCCUCAUCAUGUAAGCUAACUAACCUUUUGAAUUUGUGUUUGAUCAGUGCGAUGCUGGCCAAGACAGACGGGAGCGGCGAGGCACACAUCGUUCUAUGUCGCGUGCUGAUGGGCCUGCCGGAGGUUGUCCAGGCAGGGUCCUCGCAGUCCUGCCCCAGCGGCGACACGCCUACGACAGGGCCGUCGACCGGCUGCCGCCGCCGGCUGCUCCCAUGAGUCCCUACUCCAUCCACCCAUCCUGUCGAUUACUAUGUCAUCAUAGAUUCUCAUAUGUUAGCUUUUCUUUUUCUUUGGUUACACGAGCGGCUGGGGCUUGGCAAGAGUCGCGAGAUUCAUCUUCGCGAUAGAAUUUUGUUCCUCGCCAUUGUCCCGUUCUUCAUCCUCAACCUUGCUGCUACUAAUCAGUCCAUGAUGCGUGUGGUGGGCUGGUGCCCGAGGGCUCACAACGUGUUUGAUGAUUUGUUUCUUAGGUGCUGUGACCUGCCUUAGGAGCGAUGCCUGUGAGAGUGGAAAUAAAAACAUUCUGCUCCAAAUUGUGGCUCAUUAGUUUAAGAAAAAAAAUUAUGCCUUUUCUUGGCAGGAGUUUGAUUCUUCUGUGUUCUGUCCCGAUAUCAGUAGCUUGCAUAAUGAAUCCAAGUCAGGGGAGAAUUGUAAAGUAGAGCAUGCUAAGGUCUUCAAUUUGAUUGCCUUUUGUUUUGCAAGAGCAAAGUCAGACAUUCUAUUCAUAUCGUUUGUCACUGUUUGUCAAGUUAUGCAUCUGUAUCGUACAUGGUUCACAUGUGGAUGCUAAGUGCAUUUCUAAUUGGGGAUAUUGGUAAUGUUGUCGUGCUUUUCUGUUGCUUGAGUAUGCACGAGUCCAGCUUUGCCUUUCUGGUUCUGAAUCUGAUUGUCUCCCUUGAAACAGCUCCACAAUGAAGAUAGCAUGGGGGUACGAAUGUCAAGAUGAAAAGAGGUGGUAAUGUCAACUAAACCAGACCUACCAUUUGGAGUUGAGAGUGACACUGAUGAGGCUGAAAAGGAGGAAGAAGCAGUGCCAAACACAAACUGUCCUGGAACAAAGCCUCUUGAGACUGCUGAGUCGCUCCAGCCUCAAGGACAUAAGCUAGCCGAGGCCAUAUAUUUUGGUAUUUGCCCCUAGGACUCCAUGAUGCGACUUUAAUGGGAGUUUCCUGGCACCAAUACGCGACUUUGCUAGUGCUAAUCCUUUAUACUUGUCAUGACAAAGGUUGAUCUCCUUUCUAGAGACAUUGAUUUGAACUGUGUAGGUGACUGGGUUGUCGAGUCAGCUGUCAAGAAGAAGCUCAACAUCCUUAGUGUUCAUUUGACAAGCUCAAGUCAUUGGUCCGCAUCAUAGGGUUGUAUCAGAGAUUCAGCGGGAAAAGAAGGUCCAGCACUAUCCAACCGCAGAAUAUAUGUAAGAAAAGUGCGCCAUCACCAAAAGAAGAUCUGGUAAGAUGGACAUCGCCACAGGGGCAAUGAACACCCUGCUCCUCAAGCUUGCGGAGCUGGUGGUGGGUGAAUACAACCUGCAGAAGGGUGUCAAGGAAGAAAUCAAGGAACUUGAGAAAGAGCUGACAAGCAUGUGUGCAGCCCUUCGCAGGGUAUCUGAGGUGCCACCUGACCAGCUUGAUGAGCAGGUCAAAAUCUGGGCCAGCGAUGUCAGGGAGCUAUCCUAUGACAUUGAAGAUGCCGUCGACACCUUCAUGUUGCAGGGAAUUGGGCAUGAACCUAACAUGCCGUUCAGCCUCAAGGGUUUCAUUGAUAUGGUCAACAAUUUGUUCAAGAAGGCCGUGACCAACUAUCAGAUCCACAAUGUUAUCAAAGACAUCAUGCAUCAGGUCAAGAUGGUCAAUGAGCGUCGUAAAAGGUACAAGGUUGAUGAGGUUCCUAAUAGGCCAAUUGUGGAGACUAUUGAUCCUCGCCUAGAAGGUAUGUACAGAAAGGCAACAGAGCUAGUUGGCAUUGGCGGACCAAAGAAUGAGCUGGCUAAGAGACUGUUGGAACAGGAGGGCUUAUCGAGACAGCAAUCAAUUAUAAUUUCUAUUGUUGGAUCCGGAGGCUUGGGAAAAACAACUCUUGCCAAUUCAUUGCUGCAGGACCUUAAGGCACAAUUUGAUUGCCACUUUUUUGUCUCUGUAUCCUUUAGUCCUGAUAUAAAGAAGAUUUUCAAGAAUAUUCUUGUCCAACUUGAUGAGAAUAAGUAUGGCCACAUAGAUGAAUCAUGGGAAAUAAAAUUGCUCAUUGACAGAAUUAUAGAAUUCCUCAAGAAUAGAAGGUGCUUGUGCGUGAUUGAUGACUUAUGGAAAGAAUUGCCGUGGGAUGCUAUCAAACUUGCUUUGCAGGAUGGUAAUCGUGGAAGCAAGAUAAUCAUAACCACUCGCAAUAAGGCUAUCGCAGAACAUGUUGGUGGUGCUAUUUAUGAACUAAAACCUCUUUCUAGUGAUGACUCCAGGGAGUUGUUCUACAAGCGAAUAUUUGUGUCUGUAGAUGAUUGCCCUGCUGAUUUCAGCAAUGUCACCGAAAAGAUCUUAAAGAAAUGUGGUGGUGUACCAUUAGCCAUUAUUACCACAGCAAGCUUACUAGCUACUAAACCGAGGUGUUCAGUGGAUUGGGAGAAGGUGAAUAAUUUUAUUGGUUCGGGAUCUGAAAAUAGCCCCCAUGUGGACAAGAUGAACACGAUAUUAAGGCUCAGUUACAAUGAUCUGCCUUUCCAUUUGAAGAUUUGCUUGUUGUCUAUGAGCAAGUAUCCCGAGGACCAGGUGAUUGGAAAAGAUGUUUUGGUAUGGAGCUGGAUAGCAGAGGGUUUCAUUACACCUGCAGGGUCAAGCUUGCAGGAGACAGCGGAGGGUUACUUCAAUGAGCUUAUUAAUAGAAGCUUGAUACAGCCUGUGCACCGCAAGGAUCCCUUUUACGUGUUUGGAGAGAUGGAGGUGUAUGCUUGCCAAUUACAUGACAUGGUGCUUGAGCUUAUUAUCAAGUUGUCAGCUGAAGAAGGCUUUAUUACCACUUUGUUGUCACAUGGUGAAGAAGCAGGUGCGUCUUCAUUGCAUCAGAGGGAGAUCAUCCGGCGGCUGUCCCUCCACAAUAGCAGUAACACCAAUGCCUCGAUAAAUGAAAGAAAACUUCUAUCCAAAGUGAGGUCACUUUAUGUCUUCGGCCAUGCAGAUUUGGUGAUGCCGUCCCUGUCAGGAUUUCGUGCUCUUCGUGUACUGCAGCUAGAGGGCUGUUCUGAUCUAGAUAACAAUCAUCUGCAGGAUCUCAACAAGUUGUGCCUCCUGAAGUUUCUGCGGCUACAGGGUUUGAAAGUCACUGAGCUCCCCGAGAGUAUUGGCAAGCUGGAGUCUCUAGAAACAUUGGACAUAAGAGGUUUCAUAAAAAAACCACGGGACAUAAGAGGAAACUGGGGAGUGAUAAUGUUACCACUGUCUUUUGGUAAACUAGGAAAACUGGUCCGGCUACAUGCUGAAAGCGUGGAACUGCCAGAUGGUGUGGCUCUGGAGAAUAUGAAAUCUCUACGAGAGCUAGUAGACAUUCGCCCUACCUUACACGCCAUGGCUGAGAUUGGUAAACUGAGAGAGCUAAAGGUCCUCGAACUUUUCAUCAAGGAAGAACCUGAGAGCAGCAGUACUGGCAACUCGAACGAAUUGGUUCGCACGUGCCUCCAAAAGUGCCCCAGUUCAUUACAAGUAUUGGUGCUAAGAACUUCAAUAAGUUAUUCACUGGAUUUCAUGGCACAGAUUCCUCCUGGUCUCCAGACCUACAAAAGCGACGGUUACUUUAUGGCAUUCCCAAGGUGGAUUGAUCCGACGCUCUCCUAUCUCACCAUAUUGUCCAUCGUGCUGUGGUGUGUGCGUGUACAGCCUGAGCACCUUGACAAGCUUGCUGGGCUGCCAUCUCUUCGCUUUCUCAGGAUACAUGCACUGUUACCACCGGAUGAGCAGGAAAAGCUCGUUAUUCACAGCAGUCCAUCUUCGUUCCCGUGUCUAACAGAUCUUCGGAUUUCCUGCCCCUUGAUGUUCCUUAAGUUUCAACCUGGGGCUAUGCGAAAGCUUCACCGGCUUUGUCUGAGCUUUCACGCUGGAGUGACCAAUGAUCAUUUUUUAACUAACACCUUCGAUUAUGGAUUCGAGAACCUCCCUUCUCUCCAACAUGUCGUCGUUGAGUUAGUGGGGGACGAGCACCCCGAAGCGGAUGAUGCUAUUAGGACGACAAUUAAUGAUCAUCCCAACCAUCCUUCGCUCGAUUUUUCCUAUGCAUAAGAAUCGAAGGAUGGAAGCAGCUUAUGGGAUUUGUCGCUCGUCAUGUGCUUGUUAUGGGGUUAGAGGCCAAGGGCCUGUUCGUUUCCCACCCUCUAAACUUUAGACCCAUCACAUCAAAGAGAAUCUUACUAUUUAGAAGUAUUAAAUAAAAUCUGUUUAUAAAGUUUUUUGCACAGCUGUGUGCUAAUU